AGAAAGGGACAAAGGACAAAAAAAAAAUCUAUAACCACCAAAACUAAUCUCUUAUGGGACAAAUGAGUGUAAGUUAUGAUUAUACCCUUAAUGAAAGCUCAACAUCAACCAUUGGAUCUGAUUCUUCACGUUAUAAUCUGAGCCGUCCGAUCUUUAAAGAUGAAAUAUUUACAAUAAUGCCAUUAAUGAAACUUGUCUCUCAGCCGCUGGAUCUUAUGAGUCUGUUUUAAUCUUAGCCAUCAGAUUUUGUCUGGGUCCCACAGAAAAUUUAAUCACUCUUCUUCUUCUUCCUUUCUUCUUCAACCAUACCCAACCACGAAAAUUCAUUUCCUUCACCAACCAAACCUCUAUUCUUCAACUCUUCACCCAAAAACCUUUACCUCUGUUUCUUAGGGUAUUUUUACAGGUUAUGACACCGUGAAACAUCUCAUUUGCGUCGUCCUUGGUUCUGAAAUCUAUUGGAAGUAUGGAUAGCAAUGGAUCUGUGGUGAUACACUUUGAACAUGGUGUAGACCGACAUAUUUCUACUUUGGUGAUGAAAGGAAGAUAUGAGGAGAUUACUUAUUCCCACUUGGUUGAUAGAAUAGGCAAAAAACUGAAGAUUGAUGUAGAUGCCACCAAGCUUCAACUGAGUUACUUUCCGCUGGUCUUGAAUAAUAAAAAUUCUUGUUAUAUCUUGGAUGAUGAAGAUGUUUUAGGAUAUUUGAUGAUGGUAGAUAAGAAGAACCGACGUUGUGUCUUGCAUGUGGAACUUGCCAAAAUCGUCUCAGAAAAUCAGAGCAACGAGAUGUUUUCUAUGAAUGAGGAAAAUCUGAGUGAUGCCAGAGCUAAUGAUGGCAUGGUUGGAGUUGGAGAGUUGGAAAUUGUUCCUCAUAUUCAGGAGGAUGAGUUUGAGCAUGAGAAAAUCAGUGAAGAGGGUGAUGAAAUGGAUGAUAGGGAGGAGUUGCCGGCUGUUACAGCAGUUGAACCUCCUGUUGUCAAUUCUGAAUGGGAUGAUGGCAUUGAUAUUAGUCUUCAUCAAGAAUUUGCGACUAGAGAAGAAGUGAGGGAUUUAGUGGACAAAGGUGUGCAUUCCAAUUGUUUUGAGGUUGAUAUACAGAAGUCGAAUCCUCGGGUUUACAUAUUGAAAUGUCGUGGGGCUGGAUGCAGAUGGUAUUUACGAGCUGCAAAGCUGAAGAACUCUGAUUUUUUCUCUAUCAGAACGUAUAGAAAGAUUCAUACGUGCUCUCGUGGAGAUGCAAGUGUCAUGAAGAAGAAGAAAAGAGGCACGCCAAGCUUGGUCGCAUCAGUGGUGCACUCUGAUUAUCCCGGCUAAAAAGCUGAAGGUGACCGAGCUAAAUACAUUUGAAGGUCACUACAAUGUGCUUGGAGAGGAUGGUCAUGGUUAUUUGGUUGAUCUGGGCAACAAAACAUGCUAUUGUAGGUGUUUUGAUAUUGAUCGGUAUCCUUGUGUGCAUGCACUUGCUGCCAUCAUGGCGCGUGGAGAAAUGGCUGAACAUUAUUGUUCUAGGUAUUACUGGAUGGAGCAGUGGACUUUGGCAUAUUACAGGACAAUAUAUCCAGUGCCUCAUCAUUCAACAUGGGAAAGUUCUGAAAUUUCUGAGGAAAUCCGAUCUCAGGUUGUCCUCCCUCCAUAUGUGGAGAAAAAAAAAGGAAGACUACAAGUUACUAGAUUCCCAUCUGCCGGAGAAUAUCGGAGGAAGAGAAAGAAGAAGUUUCCACCAUUGAUUGGUGAAAACGAAGAAAGUGGCAGUGAUGGCAGUGACAGUGAUAGCAGUGGUAGUGACAGCAAUGACAGCAGUGGAAAUGGGAACGAAGGAGGUGACAACGAAAGAAGUGGUAACGAAAAAAAUGAUGAAUGAGUCUCAUUUGUGUUGUAGAAUUUAUUUGUGUGUUGUGGAACUUAUUUGUGUUGUAGAAUUUAUUUAUGUGUUGUGGAACUUUAUUUAUGCAUUAUGUUGUUUCAAUCAGGUACGACAGGUGCAACAUGGUAAAACUUGAUAAAAUAUAACACUCAUAUAUAUGUGUUGUCUUACUGGUACAACUAGUAAAACUCAAAUAGGUUCGACUGGUAAAUCUAGUACAACUAUGUCUAAUUUACUAAAAUAGGAUAUGCUAGUACAACUAGUUCAACUGUGCAGGUUGUAAAAUUUAAAUAUUCUUUUGGGUGUUCUCUAUUAAAAAACCAAUCAAAUAGUCUAAUUUUUAAGUGUUUGGAAAGGUUUCUUU